CUUCAAUAGAAAUUGUUUCAUCAACUUUGACAAUGGCGAUGUUGCACUAAUAUAUUUGUUAUUGUUCUCUCUGUUGUUAAUAGUGUUGUUUACUUAGUUUUCCAUUACGUUUAUUCAUACAAAUCAAGUAUAUUGUUGCCAUUAAAUAGUAGGAGACGAUUGUUGCAAUUUAACAAUAUACAAAUUAUCGUCAUUAUAGAAACACCACGAAAGGCUGUAUAAAUCAUGUCUGAUGAGGAACAUGGAGAAUCAUCAUCUGCACGAUUGUUGUCUUCACAUUUCAAAGAUGAUCAAUUAGAAAUUGUUGAGGUGACUUCAUUUGAUAAAGCGCAGCUGGAGAGUUUAGAUGGUCAUGUGUUGGAGGCAGGAGAGAGCAGUGAUGGUAUGAAAUAUAUGCAAGUUCUGGACUCAAGUAAGAACAUGAUGGUGGACUUACUAAACUUAACGUUGGUUCGGAGUGAAGAUGGUCAGGAGUCUUACCAGUUGGUGACAACUGCAGAUUCAUCUGAGAGCAAUGAAGGUGAAACUGUUACUUGUGUUUUGCAAACCACUGAAGAUGGGGAAGAUACGGAGAAUCAAGAGACAUAUGUCAUGGUGGACGGUGCUGAUGGUCCACUGAUGUUCCUGCAGCAAUCUCCAAUAAAGAAACCAUCGCCAUUGAAGCCGGCACCUUCACCUGCAGAAAUAUUGGAAAGAGCUAAAGCCUUACAGAAAGCUAAGAAGCUGUCGUCCAGUGGUGGUGUGGGGGCCAGCAGGGGCCGGGGGCGAGGGCGGCGGCGGCGCGGGGAGCUGCCCCCACCGCACGAGCUGCUCGCCUCGCCCAGCUUCAAGCUAUUCCUCUACUCCUGCAAGCUGUGCAGCUUCCAAUGCAACGCUAUCAAAGAACUCACCGCACACAAGGCGGCGGAACACGCGGGUGGCGGGGGUAGCGGUGCGGGGCGGCGGCGCGGGGGCUGGCUGACGUCACCCAUUACCCUGCAGUGUGCGCGCUGUCCGUACAGGGGCUCCACACAUUGGCAGCUAAUGAAACACGUCAAAGAGAAGCACGUGGAAGCUGACGACGAAGCUAUAAGCAACAAGGUGUACCUGGACAGCGCGGAGGUGGCGGCUGCAGAUGUGCUGGUGUGCGGUGCUUGCGGCUUCGAGUCCUCCUCCCGGCAGACCUUCAAGUUGCACAUAGAGCAGGACCACGGAGCUAAUACUUGCUGAACUUACCACACACAGAAUUUAAUUUCCUACCCACGCGGGUAACUUGUAACUUUCAGUGUAGUGUGAUACUAGAGUUGCCCGGUUGUUACUAUUAGUCAUAUCAAGGCAAAUAUAUUAGAUGUUCAGACAUAAGGCACUAGAUGUUAAAUU